AUGUUUAAUAUAAUAUUAUUUGUCAUCAUAAUUGAUGUCAUAAUAGCUUUGAAUCGAGAUGUGAAUACUUUUAGUAAUUAUCAUGAGAUAUAGAUCCAAAAACUCCAUAUUGAAUGGUUAUUGGAUUUAAAUUAAAAGAUAAUCAAUGGUACAGCAGAAUAUAAUUUCAAUGUCAUCAAAAACAACAUCAAAGAAAUCCAUCUUGAUAUCUAUCAACUUAAUAUUAUCAUUGUUUAUGAUUAUGCUACUGGAACAGUUUUUCAACAUGUAAUUGAAAACAUGGGAGAACAAUCUUUGAAAUAAGGUGAUAGAUUGAAAAUCUACCUUCCAAAGUCUUAUAAUAAUGGAGAUCAAGUUAAAUUAAGAAUCAAAUAUGGAGUAACUGAUAAAGCUAGAGCUUUAAGCUUCAUGACUAAAGAAUAAACUGAAUCAAAAGGUAAGAAUUCUAUAUAACUUAGUCUUGCCAUAUUUAUAUUCUUAUUGUUAAGACAACAAUUGCAGAUCCAUGAUUCCAUUGUAAGAUACUCCCAGUAUAAAACAGUAUUUCAGUGCUUUGGUUUUGGUGAAAGAUCCAAGAAUUAAAGUUUACAUGACAGGAAAUCUUUUAGAGGGAUAACCAUUCAAAAGAAUGAAUACAUACUCUGAAUCCUUAACAGAAUAUCAUAUUUCAUUAGAUAUCAAAAUUCCAAGUUACCUCUUAGCAAUUGUGGCUGGAAAUUUGGAAUAAAGAAAAGUAGGUAAUUAAUAAACUAGUCGUUCAUAUGUUAUAACAGAACCAACAAGUAUAGAUAGAGUUGCUUAGGAAUUAGAAUUCUUACAAGAAUAUGUGGAUGCUCUAUCCAAUUAUAUUGGACCAUAUGCAUGGGGAGAUUAUAAAAUAGUUAUAUUACCACCUUCAUUUCCUCUUGGAGGAAUGGAACAUCCUCUACUCACAUUUGCCAGUCCAACCAUUAUUGUUGGAGACAAAUCAGGAGUAGGUACAGCAAUUCAUGAAAUUGCUCAUUCUUGGGUUGGUAACACAGUUACAUGUUCAGAUUGGGCUAAUAUGUGGAUUAAUGAGGGUUUCUGUACAUUUUUAGAAAGAAAGAUCCUUGAAUAAUAUAAUGGAGAAGAUUAUUCAAAAAUGUAUUCAUUUUUAGCCAAUGAUACUAUGUUUUAAUAGAUGGCAAGAUAUGGUAUGGAUCAUUCAUAUUCAUCAUUGCAUCCAAAUACUACAGGAGAGAAUCCAGAUGAUAGUUAAUCUGUAAUUGAAUUAUUAUAUAUUGUAGGAAGUUCCAUAUAAUAAAGGAUAUUAAUUAUUAGUAUAUAUAGAAUAAUUAAUUGGAAAAGAUAAUUUCUAAAAAAUGUUAUAAUAGUAUAUCAUUUAAUUUAAAUGGUAAUCUAUUGAUGAGGAUAUCUUUUAUCGAUAUCUAUUAUCCUGGAUUUCCACAAAUUUAGGCAAAGAUCAUGCAUCAAUUAAAGAAAUUAAAACUAUCUACAAAGAGUGGGUAUAUGUACCAGGUAAGCCUCCAAGAUAAUUGGAUUUCCACACAGAUGCUUAUGAUAAAGCAAUGGCUCUAGCUAAAGCAUGGUUAGAUAAUAAAGGGGAUAAAGUUCCAGAUAAUGCUGAAGAAUAUAGAAACUAUAUUUAUUAUCAAAAGUAAUAGUUCUUAAAUGAGAUUGCUUCAAAAGUAAGUUUAUUAAAUUAUAAUAGUAUGCUGAUAUGACAGAUAAAAAUUACAAAUUGAUUGAUUAGACCUAUUAAUUAUCAGAUCAAAAAGAUUCUAGACUUUUAUAUAGAUGGUUAAUAGGUUGUCUUAGAGGAAAGUUCUAUGAUAGAAUGGAGGUAAUUAAAAAUUUUAUGGGAACUCAUGGAGCAAGAUCUUGGUUAGUAAAUAUGUAUGAAACUUUGUUCAAAGAUAAACCAGAAGUAGCUAGAGAAUGGUUUGCUGAAUUUAGAGAUUUCUAUCAUCCUUCUGUAGUAGAUGCUCUUGAAAAUGGAAUAUUUAAAAAUAGUAUAAGAAAGAUAGUAUAAUGA